AUGUGGAAAAGUCGAGGAUCGAGGAUGUUCAAUAGUUUUUACUACCGUUGUUGCUGGAAUGAGAGCUGGAUUAACUUAUUCACACUUAUAUUUUUCCUGACGACUAUGUAUGUAAGAUUUUUCCCUGUUUUUAAUCCCACGUUCUUCUAUCUCAAUCGCUUCAAAUGGUGGACAAACUUUGCACAGGUUGCAAAGCAGCAUGUAUUUUUUUUACAAAUUUGGAACGUCCUUGUGACCGUCGGAGGGCGCUUUUGCACCAUAUGUUUACCACACUCGAUAAUAACACACACUGCUGAGCAAAUGAAUACAUGGAAAAUAUUUAUACUACAAACAUUAUUCCCUACAGUGACGGCAAUACCUCUUUAUUGCAUCUGUGAUAAUGCAUACGUGUGGAAAGGCGAAAGGCCACUGUUUCUAAGUGCUUUGAAUCCAACCUGUGAAAAGGUUUUCUAUAUCUCCGGUUACACCUACCGCUAUGUGGCACUUGUACUUUCGACUCUCGCUUAUGUUUCUAUGUUCUGUCUGAUGCGAAAGAAGGCAAAUCGCAACGAAAUGCGCAUUCUGAUUCAUGGAGGAAGUCUUCUGUCAGCAAUAUUAGCUUCUAUAAUAUCUAGGACAUCCCAGAAACUCGAAAUAGGAAGUAAUCACCCAUUGAUGCGAGUGUUCUACUUCACAACCUUUUUGUGGAUUCCAUUAACUGAUGUAGUAAUAACAUUCUGGAUUGUGGCAUCUUUGCGGCGUACUCUCAACCCAUUCAAAAAGGGAGAAUCGAGAACAAAUCAUCAGAGUAUAACUAUUAACUCGAAGAACGCUUCUGCACCGUGUCGUUAA